AUGGCAGAAGUUCUUGGCGUGAUCGCCAGUGUCGCGACCAUCGUAAGUCUAGCGAAACCUACAGUCAAGCUCACCAAGGCCCUUCGAAGUAUCGCCCAACACCAAGACCCAAUUGCGAACGCGAUUUGCAGAAUCGCUGCCCAGAUUGAGAUGUCAGCCACAACAGUCGAUCUUGCAGUGCAACAGCUUAAGGGGCAUUGCUCAACGCUGCAGAAGAUGCCAGACGCACCUACCGGCGUUUUGCAGUACAUAAGCGAAAACAAAUCUGUGGAUAUCCUUAUCCGGGGCACAGAAGCUGUUGCAAGACAGCUGAAAGAUGCACAGCAUGGCUUGAAGUGUAUGAGUGGACAACACGCAUUCUUGAAAAGAUUUAAGUGGUAUGUCUGGAAUAAAAUGGAACUCGACUCCUUGUUUCCGGAUAUGCAGCUUCUCGGCCUUUGUUUAUCAUUUGUCUGUCCAAUUUUGAAAAUGGAGAUCAAUCAGUACAUUAAGCAGAGAUCGAGCGCCGAAGUCAAGGAAGUUAUGGAAGAACAAAUCAAAUCCCUUCGCCGCGAGCUCAAAAUCAGUGAGGAUCGAUACAGGAAGUUGAGAGACGACCGGGACUUUGUAACCAACUAUGGGCCUGGUUUCGAUGCUGAGUUUCAAAGUAUAGCGGCACCGCUUCUUCGGUUAGCACAAAGCAUGCGACGUACUGGACAUGUGCCUCAAACCACAGAAGCACCUUCGCACACACCCUCUAACUUACGAAGACCGAGGUCAGAAAGACAACCUCGGAUACGAAAAGGCGAUCGUUGUAGCCAAGGAGAUGAGGUCGAGGUUGACUUCACUGUACCGCCUCGGCAAUCCAAUAGAGAUCAAGGUCCAAGACCAAUACGUCGAACACCCUCUAUUCAUUCACUGUCAGGGGUACACAUAACUCGCCUUGCUCACGAGAGCAGGAAGAUGGAUCCUCCUAGGGAACCAAGUACGCCAUCAUCUCAGCAGAGCUCUACAACCAGGGAUUCUGGCUCUUCAGUACCAUCACCACUAGUGCAGACUCCCCAAACACCAAGGACUCCACAAACACCAAAUAAUCCACAGACAGCAGGCAUGCCCGAGCCUUUGCGAACGUCUUCGUUGCCAAAGGAUAAAGAAAAGGGCACAUACACCCUUAGAUCAGGCUUCCUGAAAAUCCCAGAAAGUAGUCUGCAUAAAGGUCUGCAUGAGGUGUACAUCACGUCUGCAAUUGACACUACUGUGCAGGACAACUUCAUCUCGAUGAAACAAGCAACAGAGCUUGGACUCCUCACUCAAGAUCUUAAACAACAGGAUUGUGAUUACAUCCAACAACAAAACUGGCCAUCAAGGGCAAAUAUAGUGGGAAAGGUCUUGGGUUUGGAAUGGCGGCGUCAAGAGUGGUCGAAAUAUAUUCCAGUGGACCUCUGGGUUGAAGAGCGUUACCCACAGACUGGCGAACAUAUGGUUCUUGGCAAGAGCUUUAUACGAGCAGUCCAAAGACAAGAGCAGAUUGGACAAUAG